CCGCUGCCCGGCCCCGCUCCGCCCGCCAUGAACGCCGGGGGCCCGUUCCGCGGGCCGCCCGCCUUCCCGCCGCUGCGCUUCGGGCAGCCCGCCGUCUUCGGGCAGGGCGGCUCGGCCGCCGGCCUCCCCUUCGCCCCCGCGCCGGGGCCCGCCGCCUUCGGGCAGCCCUACGGGCUGGGGGCGGGGGGAGGCCCGGCCGCCAACGCGGGCUUCAGCUUCAAGCCGCCCACCAACCUGGGCGGCUUCCCCGCGCCGGGGGAGGCGGCGGGCGGCGGGGCCUUCGCGGCGCCCGAGUUCCGCUUCAAGGCUCCCGAGGGCGCCUUCAGGCCGCUGCUGGGCGCCGAGGCGGAGAAGGGCCCGCUCGUCCCCGCCUCCUUCACCUUCUCGCCGCCCUUCGGCUUCGCGCCCGAGGCGGGCCCGGAGGCGGCGGCGGCGGGGGGGGGUGAGUCCUUCUCCUUCUCGCGUCCCGCCGCCGCCGCCCCGGGCCGCCCGGAGGAGAAGAACCCGCGGCCGCUCCUGGAGGAGCUGUCGGAGCCGGCGGGCAAGGGGCUGAAGCGGAAGGAGGAGCGGGAGCGCUCCCCGCGGCGGGCGGCGGGCGGGCGGGCGGUGUCGGUGUCGGUGCCGGCGCCGCCGCCGCCGCCGGAGAAGCGGGCGGUGCUGCGGGGCUGCCCCCGCGGCGGGGCCCUGUUCGGCCGCACGCUGCAGGACGUGCUGCGCAGCCAGGGCCGCGGGCCCCGCGGCGGGGAGGCCGCCGAGGCCGAGCGGGGACCCCCCGAGGAGCUGCCUUCGGCCGAGCCCCCCCGGGAGGCAGAGCCGGGGCGGCGGGGGGAGCCCCGCGGAGCCCCCCGCGGGGACCGGCUCCUCCCCGUCCCCGGGGAUGCCGGGCGCGGGGCGCGGGGCGCGGAGGGGCCGGCGGGGCUGCAGCCCGGCGAGCUGAGCGCCAUCCAGUGCAAGAACGUCCCCGACUACCUCAACGACCGGACGGUGCUGGAGAAGCACUUCGGGCAGUUCGUCCGAGUGCGGCGGGUCCUGACCAGGCGCAACAAGAAGGUGGCGAUUCUCCACUUCUUCGACCACGCCUCUGCAGCUCUUGCCAGAAAGAAAGCAAAAGAGUUGAACAAAGACAUCAUAACAUUUUGGCAUAAGAAGAAAACAAGUCCAGCAAAAAGAGAAUUUCCAUCCAAGGAGAAGAAAGCAGGUGAAGAUGAAGGAAGGCCAAGCAAUGAAGAGCCAAACUAUCAGCAUUCCCCUCUUCGAAAGCCCUUAAUAAGAUCCUCUGCCAGCAGUGUCAUGCCUGGUAAAAGCUCUCCCGCAAAGAAGCCUGGUCUUCGAAAAGCGCUGCAGUUUGAAGCAGAUCUGUUUGAUCCUGGCCCUGAAGGGCAGAGUUUGGAGACCCUGGGAGUUUCUCUGUCAUCUCUUAGUAACCUGGUAGGAUUAGUGGCUGAGACAUCAGAAGAGAGAUACCAACUUCUGGACCAAAGGGACAAGAUCAUGCGACAAGCUCGAAUAAAAAGAACUGAUCUUGGCAAAGCUAAAACUGUUGUUGGCACCUGCCCGGACAUGUGCCCUGAAAAGGAGCGCUACAUGAGAGAGACAAGGAACCAGCUCAGUAUCUUUGAGGUGCUUCUGGGAUCUGACAAGGUAGAUCAUGUAGCAGCAAUCAAGGAAUACAGCAGGUCUUCAGCAGAUCAGGAGGAACCUUUGCCCCAUGAAUUGAGACCCUCUGAGGUGUUGAGCAUGACCAUGGACUAUUUAGUGACAAACAUUAUGGAUCAGGGAGAAGGAAACUACCGAGAGUGGUACGACUUUGUCUGGAACAGAACUCGUGGAAUACGAAAGGAUAUAACCCAGCAACAUCUGUGCAACCCCCUGAUGGUGUCUCUGAUCGAGAAGUGCACUCGCUUCCACAUCCACUGUGCUCACCACCUGUGUGAGGAGCCUAUGUCCUCCUUCGAUGCCAAAAUCAACAACGAGAACAUGACAAAAUGCCUGCAGAGCUUGAAGGAGAUGUAUCAGGACCUGGCUAACAAGGGGAUUUACUGCAACAGUGAGGCAGAGUUCAGAGGUUAUAAUGUCUUGCUCAACCUCAACAAGGGUGAUAUUCUCAGGGAAGUACAGCAGUUUCGUCCAGAGGUUAGAAACUCUCCUGAAGUUAGAUUUGCAGUUCAAGUUUUUGCUGCACUAAACAGCAACAACUUUGUGAGGUUUUUCAAGUUGGUGCAAGCUGCCUCCUAUCUGAACGCCUGUCUCUUACACUGUUAUUUCAACCAGAUCCGUAAAGAUGCCCUCAAGUCUCUCAACAUUGCCUACACUGUCAGCACCCAGAGGUGCACAGCCUUUCCCCUGGACCACCUGGUUCGCAUGUUGCUGUUCAGAGACUGUGAGGAAGCAGCUGAUUUCAUCAGUUAUUAUGGCCUGAGUGUAUCUGAUGGCGCUUACGUGGAGCUGAACCGCUCGGCUUUCCUGGAGCCGGAUGGGCUGCCCAAGCCCCACAAGUCCCUGUUUGUCAGCCAGAAGCUGAUGGUCUCUGUGGGGGAAGUUGUGAAUGGUGGGCCCUUGCCCCCCGUGCCUCACCACGUGCCAGUGUCCAGCUUCAAUGCACAGAACAAGUACACAGGUGGCAGCACCUCUGUGGAUCAAGCUAGCGGUAGCCAAAAAGCCAGCGUGGAAGCAGCAGAAGGAAGAGUGGAAAGCAAAGGUAUGGAUUUGGAUGCUGCAGCAGUACGAGUCCAGCCCCCAGCUCAUCUUCUGCCCUCACUCUUGCCUCGUCAGCUUGUACCCAUGCCUCCUGCACAGGCAGUCUCCCAGCCUGCUGGAGAACCUGAGCCUCUCCCUUCAAAGCCUCAGCCUGUCUACACAGACACAGACAUUGCUGAGGUGGUGGAUGAUCUUGUGCACGAGGUCCUCAAAGGAGAGUGCAGAGAAGUUGGCAGAGCAGGAGUGGCCUACGUGACAGCUGCCAUCUGCACCUCGGAGGCUGCCGUGGAGGAACUGGUGACUGAGCUGGUGGAGGAGAUCCUCAGGCAGGUGGCUGGGAGGGUGCUGAGCGCCGAGAGGGAGCGCGCCCGAGAGGAGAGGCGCCGAGUGGAGGAGGAGAGGCAAAAGCAGGAAAGAGAACAGUUAAUAAAGCAGUGGAGCCAGGUGGUGGGUAUGGAGUUAAUGGAAGAAGUAAUAAAGGAAGGUCUACAAGAAGCUUCAACCCAUGAGUUAAAAUGUGCCUUAGAAAGAGACCGACAGGCCCGCAUCGCCCGCUGUUCGGAAGAAGUCUGUGGUCAUGUCAUGGAGCUCUUUCUGGAGGAUGAAAUUUUCCAGAGUGCUAAGGAGACCCUUCAGGAGCUCCAGUGUUUCUGCAAGUACUUGCAGCGGUGGAGGGAGGCAGUGGCAGCUCGAACAAAGCUGAAACGUCAAAUGAGGGCAUUUCCAGCUGCUCCCUCUUGCCCAGAUCCAAAAAAUAAACUGAAAGCACUCUCACCCAGUGCAGAGUGGCCUAUAGCCAUGGAGAACUUGUGCAGGAGAAUUGUAAACCUAGGGAAUGGAGGAAAGCUGGGAAUCUCUUGUACAAGAUUGAACUGGCUGAGAAACAAGACAGUGCAUGAAAUGAAAGUUCAGCACUUCUACCAGCGAUUGUUAAGUGAUUUAGCUUGGACUCCCCUGGAUCUCGUCUCACUGAUCACUGAAAAUAUUCCACUUCAACAAGAGCAGAUUUUUUGGAAGGUGUUGUUGGUUUUGCCAAAUGAAGAUGAAUAUGGGGAGGAUGAUCCCAACAGAAUACUGGUGGAGUGGUUGAAAGCCAAAUUUAUGGGAGACAAAAGCUGGAGGAAAACAGCUCCACAUCCAGAAGGCAGAAUUCAAACACUGACAUUAUUUCAUUCUCCUGGCAUGCAAGGGAGCAGGAGCAUCCAAGUCAGCGUGUGUGUCAAGGUGGCACAUGGUGUGCUCUCUGACUCUGAGCUUGACAUGGCUGAGACGCAGAAGGACUUGCUUGGGACCAGUGGUCUCCUCCUUCUCCUGCCCCCUCGAGUUAGGAGUGAAGAUGUUGCAGAAGAUGAUGUUUAUUGGCUCUCAGCUUUGCUGCAGUUGAAACAGUUGCUUCAGGCCAAACCUUUCCACCCGAUAGUUCCCCUGGUGGUUCUUGUCCCCAGCCAGGAAGAGGAGGCCAUAGAGAAAGAAGUAGAAGAAGGCUUGAUGCUGCAGGACUUGAUUUCAGCCCAGCUUAUUUCAGAUUACACCAUUGUUGAGCUCCCAAGUUCCAUCAAUGACUUACAAGGCACCAGAAGGGUUUCUGCAGCUGUGGGCUGGCUGGUUUCCCAGUGCCCUGACUCCCUGGAGCUCUGCAGUCAGACCCUUCAGGAGUACGUUGAGGAUGGGAUUGAUGGAGAGUUUGGGAAGCGCUUCUUCCACGACUGGAAGGAGAGGCGUUCAGCUGGCCUGCCAUCCCAGGAGCCUGGGGUCAUCAUAGAGCUGUACAACAGCCUGCUGCAGUUCCUUUCAGAUGUGGCAUCCUCAGAGCACCUUUGUGACUUGUCUUGGCCUGUGACUGAGUUUUCAGAGCCUGGGGGUAACAAGCUGUUGCCCCACCUGCAGUGGAACAUGCCUGAUCACCUGGCCUGGCUGAAGAAGGCUGUGCUGUCCUUCCAGAUCCCCUACCUAGACCUGCCUCCAUUGGGAGCUCCCUGGCGUCCUGUUUGCCACAUGAUUUUUCAGUAUGUGUCUCAGAUUGCAAGUUCUUCCCAGACUCAACCACUGAUCCAGUCCCAGGUGGAGAAUCUGCUGAGCAAAACUUACCAGAAGUGGAAAAACAGGACAUCUGCAAACUCUGAUGAAGAUGGGCCUUCUGUUGAUGAGAUCCCUUGGGAUAAUAUCUUGGCAAUCUGUAUUGAUCAUAAACUGAGAGACUGGAAACCACCCAAGCUGCCUCUUGCUCCAGAAGCAGUCAGUGAAGAUGGUCAGAUCCGCGUGUACUUCUUCAAGGAGCACCUGAAGAGCUUCACUCCCCCUUUCUCGUGGGAACAAGCCAGGCUGCGCACACAGGAGCAGAUCCGGCUGGGCCAGGAGAGGUCAAGGGUAAAAUCUCCAAACUCUUCUAAGAACCCCUGGAGUGUGUCCCUGCUGCCAGGGCAGUACAGCUGUGGCACGAGCAUGCUGCCAGCUGAAGAAAGGAGCAUUCCCAGUGCAGAUGGACUCACAGACACAGCCUCAGCCCAGGAGCUCCUCCCAGAACGUCUGUUGGCACAGCUGAAACUGGAGAAAACAGAAAGCAGGAGGUUUGAAGAACAACUGCACCAAUGGCUAGCUGAGGACAUCGAGCCCCUUGGUGAUUUUGUAGGUCUUCCUCUCUACCUCCCCCAGUCUCUGCUCCCCACCACAACUGUCACCUGUCCAUUGGUGAAGAGUCUGACAUCAUCUGCUCAAGAGGCUGAGAGUCAGGAAGGAUGCAGCAUUCUGACCAAGGAGCUCAGCCCCACGCUGUCGGACAGACUGAAGUACUUGCAGCAGCUCCUCAGAGCCAACAGGGAGGGUGAAACUGCUUCUGAGCUCCACCUGUCUGCUCUGGUGGACAUGCUGGACAUUUGAGCAGAGCUGAGACACGAGUGCAGACCAAGAAAUGGUAAAGAAAUCCAGGGCCAGGUGGUUGAACAGUUCAGCUCCUAGGGCACAUGGGAGAAGACCACAGAGCAGAUGUGAGGCCUGGGCCCUUCUGGAGUGGCUGCCUUGCCCACAGGUGAUGUUGGGGCUCACCAUGUCCCUCUGGCUCACUGUGGAGCCUUGGCUGCUCUGGGACUCCCUCCUCUGUUUCACAGGCACAGACAAACCAAAUGCUUUCUUGGAAGGACUUAACACUUGGGUGAUUUUUCUGUCUACCAGCUCUCACUGUUGGCAAACACAGCUUCACCAGGAGGAAGCUGUGGCCCCUGGAGACACCAGAGCAAUUUCUCUCCAUAGUCACAGUCAGGUCACAACAUCAAGAUGUCUCAGCUCUGUACUUGCUUCCUGCAGAAGCUGCCUUGCAGCAGCACCGUGGUGUGAAGUUGCUCUUCUGCUGCCUAGGAAUGUCAGUGCUGCCAUUCUCCAGUUGGUGCAACACUUGGCUGUGUUUUACAUUUAAAGAUGCUCAGUGCAAAUCCAGAAGCAUUUUUGUGUUGCUGGGCCCAAGUUUUGUUCCGUUGAAUUUAUGGCAUUAAAACCAGUUGAGUUGCUUAUUUGACAGAGUAAUUGUCAUGCUGGAAAGAAUGAACAGCUGUGGAGAAAGGAAUUUCCUUUUUUGGAAGAGCUGAAUACCUCCAUUCUCCAGUAUUUAAGAAGCUGUGGCUUUGGAUGUUGAAGACCUUUUUGGUUUUGGUUUGAUUCCCAGUAGAUGGUAGGAAGAUGUACUUCAUGUCUGCAGUGCUCCUGUACAAAUGCUGGUUUGGUUGCAAUAUCAGCAGAUUUUUCUCAGGCAGAAACUGCUGCCUGGUGAAGUAGAGAUUCCUGCAGCUCUGGGGGUCUUCCCUGCCAGAAACCAGCUCUGACUGGCUUCUGAUUUCAUUUGAAAUUCUCAGCAGUCCAAACCUGCCAGCUGCCUUCACAGAAAGUCAUGUGUUAACUGUUGUGUUGGUUUUUUUUAAGUAGCAGUUGUAUUAUUUCUCUUAAACCUAGAAUAACCAUGUUAGCUUAAUAGUAAGGUGAAAUAAGAAGUGUAAACUGGAGACAUGAUACUUUGAGGCUGGUCACAGGACAUAGACUGGGGUGGGGCUGAGGGGUGUUACCCUGUGCUGCUCUGCCCUGCAGGGCCUGCUCAUGUUUACCUGGAAAGGGCUGGUACAAAACCCCCCCCGUGCUGUGGGUCACACCAUCUGCUGUAACUGUGCUUCGUACCUAAUAAACUGUUGGUGGCUUGA